GAAGUUCGUAACUUUAUUUGGGGUUACUAAAUUGCUCCCACAUUGAAAAGGGGACUGCGUCGUACGACGGCGCAUUUAUUUCAACGGGUAGUACUUCGGCUUUAUAAAAUAGGCGUGUCUUGUGCAGAGGUUGUGGUUCAAACGCUGACGAACAAGCUCACCGUGUGCCUCUGUCAGAUAGUGGAUUAUGUGGAGGCGUUUGCACAAAGUCAACAUCUUUAUCGGACAUUGAAUGCUUCCAGUGAACACUCUCUUGGUAACUUAAUUUGAAGCUUGUGUGAGGAUGGAUAACAAGGAAGAAUCCAGCUGUAACUCCGUCAGUGACCUUACCUGGGAGCAGGUGUGCCGGCUAAAUGACGUUCUCACAGAGGUUGUGCCCGUUCAUGGGCGAGGGAACUUCCCCACCUUAGAGGUACAGCUGAAAGACAUAGUGGCGCGGGUGCGCUCCCACCUAGAGCUGAGCGGUAUCCGAGUGAAGGACAUCCGGCUCAAUGGCUCCACUGCCAGCCAUGUGCUGGUGCAGGAUAUCGGCUGGAGCUACAAAGAUCUGGAUUUCAUCUUCAGGGUGGACCUGCCCACCGAGGCGGAGUUCAGGCUGGUCAAGGAUGUUGUGCUGGGAAUCCUCCUGGACUUUCUGCCCGAGGGUGUGAACAAGGAGAAAAUCACACCCAUGACUCUGAAGGAAGCUUAUGUCCAAAAGCUGGUCAAGGUCAACACGGAGCAGGACCGCUGGAGCCUCAUCUCCCUGUCCAACAAUAAUGGCCGCAACGUGGAGCUGAAGUUUGUUGACUCCAUCCGCCGACAGUUUGAGUUCAGUGUGGACUCCUUUCAGAUUGUGCUGGACUCCAUCCUUUCCCACUAUGAGCAGACGCAACCGCCCAUGUCCGAGGCCUUUCACCCUGCUGUCAGAGGGGAGAGCGUGUACGGAGACUUCAACACUGCACUCACCCACCUGCGUAGCAAGCUCAUCGCCACCAAGAGACCCGAAGAGAUCCGCGGCGGUGGCCUAUUGAAGUAUUGCAAUCUCCUGGUGCGGGACUUUCGGCCGGCCAAUCAGGAGGAGUUCAAGGCCCUGGAGAGGUACAUGUGCUCCCGCUUCUUCAUAGACUUUCCUGACAUCGGAGAGCAGCAACGCAAGGUGGAAGCUUACCUGAUGAGCCACUUCAUUGGCGAGGAGAAGAGCAAGUAUGACUACCUCCAGAUUCUACGGAAGGUUGUCAACGAGAGCACUGUGUGCCUCAUGGGCCACGAGCGGCGGCAGACCCUCCAUCUCCUCUCACUGAUGGCCUUCAGAGUGCUGGCGGAGCAGAGCGCCAUCCCAGACGCAUCCUGCGUCACCUGCUACUACCAGCCGGCACCGUACAUCAGAGACCACAACUUCAGCAACUACUACGUGGCGAACCAGAACAUUCCAACAUGGCUGCCAUGUAACUGAAACAAACUGGUCAGCGGAUGACAGGAGACUGGGCUGCGGCUGCUGCUUUGAAAAGAGAGAAGGAAAGGAAUCGAUUUGACAUCAAUUAAAAAAUAUUUAAAAAAAAAAUUUAAAAGGGGAGAAAAAUGUCAGCAAAAAUAACAGUGGCAAUAAAUGCUAUGUUUCUCUUAAGGCACAUUUCAGUGGACAGAUUUUUUGCUUUUUCUUUUGUGGGUUUUUUUUUUUCUUUUUUGAUUUCUCAUUCCUUUACUGCAGAGGUAUUAACGUUUUUAAGUGUUCUUUUUUUUUUUUACUUUUCUUUUUUGGUAUAUGCCUUUAAUCUUAAUGGAGAUGUUUGUGCCUUACCCUUCAGGUAUCAGGUUUACCCCUCCAGAGUUUUGAGUAUGAAUUAUUAGAAGAAAAGAGAAAAUGAAAUGCUGUAGCCUUCAGUUUGGGUUCUUUGUUGUUUAAAAAAAAAAAAAAAAAAGUUAAAAGCUGAAAAAAAUUGCAAAACCUGGGGAAAACAUCUUGUACUGGGGAAGAUUCAGUGUGUACUUGCUAAAAGAGGAGCUUGGAUCAUUGGUUGUAUUUCAUGGAAGAAUGGAAAGUGAGGACGAUCUGUCAGAUCAGAAAUUAGCACAUCGGUUUUGUUUCAUCCACUUAGAAAUGAAAUCAUCUUUGACAAUGUGCCAACGUCAUACAUGCCAGCAGUGCCUGAUGUUUGUAAACAAUGCAAGACUUUAUUACUUUUAAAAGUUUCCACUGUGAACUUCAGGGUGCAAGUUCCCCUCUCCUCCACCCACACCCCUGACCCCCCACUCCGGGGUCCAAUUUUCCCAGUCGAGUCUGGCUUUGAGUAGAAAUCUCCUGCCAGACUCUGUUUUUCAUUGUUUCUUUCCCUCUGUUUUAAGUUGCUUUCAGAAGAAGUUGACCUCCAGACGUCCCAGCGCUGUGGUUACUGUGGGAGGCUGACUGACAGGACAGGGUGGAUGCAAGCCUGUAGUGGGAAUGUGCCUGGCAGGGAGUCCUGGAGUGACAGGCUGACUGGUCGCUCUUCCCUUAAAAGGUUCAACCACAUGGAGGGGCCUGCAGGGUUGUCCCUCACAGCCAUUGUAGGCUUGAUCGGCCCUGAAACGGGAUCCUCCUCUGACGCAGCUCACUUGUUGACUCUUGAGUUCCAGGCUGUCUUUUAUUAUCCUCUCUCCUAGAGAAUGUACAGACCGGGCCACCUUACAUGUGUCAGAGCUGAGUCACUUCCUGUCCUUGAUCAGGUGCCUGUGAGCACCACGCAACGAUUGAACCCCUUUUGUGGUCAUGGGAGGAUAGACGAGACGUCUCCCCUUUCAGACUUGAAAACUGAUUAAUGUGAAAGCUACAGGAGGCCCUCCCACCACCUGUAAACCUUGAAAUUUCUAUUUCCAGCAAAGCCUAUUAUUAGCUGCUAAUGACACUUGUAACAGAUGGCCGAGGCAGUGACUACUUUAGCCUGUCAUCUCUCCUCUCUGUGCUCCUGAUAUCACAGCGCCACCACCACAGAGGAGAUAAUUGUUACACUUGUGUAAAUGGCCACUCCCUAUGGUUUCUUGGAAGUAUAAUUCCUGCUGCGGCUUUUCUCUGCAGCCUGUGGUAGAAGCAGAUAACCUUAUCAGGCUGCCUCACAGCACCGAACUGGUAAGACUGGGCUCGCCCCUACAGGCCGCAUGGAGAUGAGACUGUGCUGUAUUCAGAACUUGUUUUUUCUUUUUUGUUUUGUUUUUUCCUCCUCUGCUGUCAGCUCUGGACCAAAGGGAGCUUUACAACCAGCAACAGAAGCAAUGAAGUGCCUGUCACUUUUCUUUUUGGAGAGCUAAAUAUUUUUAAAGGGGUUUUAAUGUUGAUCAGGAGGGAAGAGUCUAUUUUGUUUCUUAAAAACCUGUUGAAACUUUAUGAGAGGACUCAUUGCUAUUAUUGAUUGGUAAAUACAUACAUUUUUGUCCAGUUUGGGAGCGACAAUAAUUUUGGCUUCGAUUUUUCUUUAAUUCUUCAUUUUCAGUCCCAAACCUACCUGUAUAGUCAUUCCUGCCAGGCAUUUCACCCAUUUUAUUUUACUGUCCGUGUCUGUUCUGUAUUUCCGCUGCCAGCCAGGUUGGCUUUAGCCUCGGAUGCUUGAUGAAAUCUAGUUUGUUUGGUUUGCAGGGGGAAUGUUACAUAUUUUAAAGCUCAGUUUAACUGUUGGUCUCCCAUCAUAGUGCCUCCUGAGCUCUUUAGCCUUGUUUUUGUUUUUCUGAACGCUUAGCCAUCAUCCAAAACAAAGUAAUACCCGUAGUGUGUCAAGGCGCCGUAAGGUUGUAGUGUGUGGAGACCAACCACCUGAGAGGAAUAAGUAUUGGCUAAUGUGGUCCGCUGCAGAGGGAGUUUAGAAUUUAGAACGGUCUCUGGAAUAAAAUCGCGAACUAUAUAUAUAUAUACAAAUUUUUUUUUUCUUGCCCCUUUUUUGUCAUCCAUAGGUUUAACAGCCCCCCCCCCUCCCAUCUCUGGCAGUCCUUUUUUUGGUGAAGCAGUGAGACACUGCAGGAUAGUCUGUCUGUGCUUUAAUCAGUAAAACCCAGUCCCUCAGACUUAAUUUCUUUUGGCUCAAAGGCCAGGAAACAAAUUUUUACUUGGAGUACAAUCUGUCUGAAAUCAAUCAGCCUGAAAUCUCUCCUCUGUUUUCGUAUGUUCAGUGAAUAACAGUUUGUGUCACGGCCACGUUCUGAGGCGGCGGUGUAACUCCUGCUUGCUGUUGAGUGCCGGGCUUUUGUUGGCGUCGCUCGUUACCAGUAGUUUUCUAGCGAGGUCAAAGAAAAUGCAUUAAAUCUAAUCUUGCAUUUUUGAGUUGAGAAUGAUCUUGGCCUGGCAUGUCAACCUUGUGCUUUUGUUUUCGUACCCAGCCUGCUUUCAUGUGUUUACUGUCAGUGUUCCCACAGAGGAGUUACGUGCUGCAGGGCCCAGGCUGCACCACUUCCUUAAUUGGGGCUGGUGAUAUGUAUGGAUGUAUGAACGCUUUGUAAAGGACAAUGUCAGGAGAAUUAAAGAGAAGGAGGUUUAGCUUUUGUUUCAAUUUUUUUUGGCCCCCACCUUUCUGCUGCAAACUUGUCACAUCAGUGUCAAUCCCCUCUCUUUGUUUGGGACAUUGUCUAUUAGUACAGAGUGUUUCAUCAUUCGACACCUGUAGAUGUAUCAUUUUUCGAGGGGGGUGCGUACGGUGCUCCGCAAUGUAGCUAUCAAGUGAUUAUGCUUAUCUGGAGUGCAAGUCUCCACUGUGAAUGUGAUUGGGGGGGUUAUAGAAGCUCUCCUACAGUUUCUUUAUAAAGAGUUGUGAAUUAUUUUUCCAGCAGAUAUGUGUUUACCUAACUGUGUGGAAAUGUGUGUGUGCGCACAUCAGCGUGUGUGUAUAAAGGGAUGGGUGUGGUGAUAAAAGUUUAAAAAGUGGGGAAAAAUAUGAAAUUUGUCGCACUUUUCCUUUUUUUUUUGAAAUAGUAAAUCCACCUGCAAGCAAGCAUUUCUGUCAGCUUUGUUAUUGUGACGAUGACUGAUGGUUACGAUGGUACUAUUUCAUUUUUCAGCACUUUUACCUCACUUGAGUUUUCCUUUUGAGUGGAAAAUAUAGAUGUACACCAGGACAGUGUGCUUGAAGAAUAAAUCAUGAAUAAAAAAAAUUUUUUAAAUGCA